GCGGUCACACCAGAAACCAUUACAAGAUAAUUAUCCUUGUAAGUCGCCGGGAUUUCACAACAAUUCCCUGGUAAACAAGAUGCCAGCAGUACGUGGCCACCACCGCAGCGAAGAUUACGUGGAUGAGCAACUGCAGGAGGAGUAAGUGAAACCCCGGGAACCAGGUAACUCCGUCCAAAGGUCGAAAAUCAGAGCUUCGCCAGCCGGAAAGUAGAACAGAGCCCAGAAAUCGAUGCCCCACUGCCACACAAUGGUCUACAUGCGAAUCGUGCUGACAACCUUGGUGACCAUUACGUGUCUGCUGGGGGACAACUUCGUGGAGCUGACCCAGCACCCCCUGCUGAAGGCCCUGGCCGAUAACGCCACCCAUGCGGCGAUUGGAGCCCUCACGGGAAUCGCCUUCGCCAUGCAGUUCUACGAGCGCACCUCCCAGCUCCUUGGGUGGAUAUUGAUUUUCACCUGCUUCGUUGUGUCAUCGCUGAUCGACUUGGACCACUUCGUGGAGGCGCGCUCGCUGUAUCUGGAGGACGCCACCAAUCUCUCCAAGAGGCCCUUCCUCCACUGCUCCAGCAUCAUAGUGGUGAUGCUUAUGCUCUACAUCUGCACCGCCUGCCUGAACUACUUCCGGACCAGCCUGAUGCUGGGCUCCCUGCUCUGUGCCUUCAUCACCCAUCACACGAGGGACGCCGUGCGUCGGGGCUACUGGCUGUGCCCCCUGGGACACACGGAGAGGAUGCCCCAGCUGGCCUACAUAGUGACCACCAUCCUGACGCCCCACUUGCUGGGCUGCCUGCACAAUGUGUGCCGCAGUGCCACCGUGCUCAACUUCCUGGGUCAAUAUGUAAAGCUGAGCGAGGGCCAGUAUCGCAGUGGCUCCACUGCCAACUAUCGCUACAUGCAGGUCUAGGGCUGUAUUUUAGAGAACACUUUGUGAUAACACAAUGCAAAACAUCAUCAAAUGGUAAAUGCAAAAUGCUUUUCAGCUUCAAGCGCUUUAUGAUUAGAAAGAUCAGCUAGAAACCAAGAUACUUCCACACUACAGGACACAAUUUUACACGGAACUAUUAGUCGGAGUACCUCUCUUAGGGAACUAUGCUUUCCCCUCAAAUGUUUUUCCUUGUUAAGUAGGGUAGGUUUUUACUAGCAUCUAAAUAUAGUACAGAUAAUAUCCGAAUAUGUGAUAUGUAGUUCUUAGACAAAACUAGAGUAACGAGCAUAGCGCACAACGAUAUAUGUAAUCGAUUUCCUCUUCUACUUCGACUCUUGUACUUGUAGGCCAUACGAAUUUUAAGCUAAUCGAACAAUAAACUCAAUGUAAUUGCCUUAGAACAUACGGCCUUGCAAUCA